AUGCGACCGACGGCUGGCCUCGACGAGCCUGGUAGUGCCAGACUUUCGGAAUCAUUGAGUUCUCGUUAUCCACUGGUCCUGAUAUGCGGCCUUGAUCGCGCAGGUGUGACGGUCCAGGUGCAUUUUGACUCGACGGUCCUCUCUCUCGAGGUGUUCGAGUCAGUCCUGCACACGCUCUCGCACACUCUCGCACAGGUCACGUCCAACCUCGAAACACCUUGGGCGAACAUUCAAACCAGUAGCCCCGAAGAUCUCCAGAAAAGCCUCGAUUGGAACAAGCAGAGCGGCACUGAAACAAGCGGCGACUGCGUUCAUCACCGGAUCGAACGUCAUGCUACCGAACGGCCGCUGGCACCCGCUAUCUGCGCGUGGGACGGAGACUUCUCAUACGGCGAGCUUGACCAGAGCGCGUCUUACCUUGCCCAUCAACUCUGCCUUGCUGGGCUCACAUCAGAAGGCCUCGUCUUUAUUCUGUCGGAGAAGUCCAAGUGGACCCCCUUGGCAAUCCAUGCCGUCCUCAAGGCAGCAGGGGCUUUCUCGUUGCUGGAUCCCUCGCAACCAACUCACCGGCUCGUCACGCUCUGCGACCUCGCGUGCCCUCACCUGAUCCUGACCUCCCAGCAGCAGUACGCCAAGGCCUGUCUUCUCGGACCGAAAGUGAUGAUCAUCCAGGAGAUGAGCGCUGGGACUCCCGCCAGGGACCCGGUGAUACCGUGGUUGUGGGAACGGAUUAGGGUUGAGAGCCAUCACAUGCUCCAUGUGGGCUUCACCUCCGGGUCGACAGGCACCCCCAAGGGUGUCGUCACCAACCACGCCGGCUUUACCAGCGGGGAGUCCGUCUCAGGGCUUGACAGCUCGUCCCGCGUACUGCAGUCGACAUCGUACAACUUCAGCGCUUGCAUGUGGGAGCACCUGGUGGCCUUGACCUACGGCGCCUGUCUGUGCAUCCCAUCCGAGGACGAGCUACAGAAUGACAUCGAAGGGGCCAUUCACCGUCUCGGCGUCACCUGGGCGAUGAUCACUCCCUCCGUAGCGCGGGUGCUCGAGCCCACUAAGGUGCCCAGCAUCCAGACCAUGUUCCUGGUGGGCGAAGCGAUCGGUCGGCUAGAGGUUGGGAAGUGGGCGCCUCACGUCGCCCUUCACUCCAUGUAUGCGCAGUCCGAGUGCGGGAGCCCGAUCAUAACGAAGCGGAUCUUCGAGCCGCAGGACCUGUCUACGGUGGGAUUCCCCGGCGCGGCGAUCGGGUGGAUUGUCGAUGCCCAGGACCACAAUCGGUUGAUGCCGCUGGGCGCCGAGGGGGAGCUGGUGCUUCACGGGCCGUGUCUGGCUCGGGGCUAUCUCCACAACCCCGAGCAGAUGCAUGCCACCUUCAUCACAUCUCCGGCCUGGGCAGAGCAAGUCGGAUGUGCCUCGACCACGCGGUUCCUGAAGACGGGGGAUCUCUUCUCGCGCAGCCCGGUGGACGGGUCUUACCAGUUCCGCGGCCGCAAGGGCGGCAAGGUCAAGGUUCGGGGCCAGAGGAUCGAACUGGCCGAGGUCGAGUACCACCUGCGCGCCCAGUUUCCGGAGGCCUCCCAUGUCGUGGCGGAGCUCGUGCGUCCCCGCGAUGCGGAUUCGCAGUAUGGCAUGCUCGUGGCCGUCAUCCCCGUGGCGUCUGCGCGGCCUGGUGGCGGAAAUGCUGCUGGCCAGUGCCAGCUCCUGCCCCCCGAUGCAGCGUUUCUGGCUCACGCACGACGGGCUUUGGACCAGAUGAGCGAGCUGCUGCCGUCUUACAUGAUCCCACACUCCUUUCUCCCGGUGGCCCGUCUGCCGCGCACUGCGUCCGGGAAGAUGCACCGCCGACUCUUGGUCGAGACCAUCUCCCAGCUCUCUCGCAAGGAGAUCGUGGCGUACAUGACCGUCUCCAAGCUGUAUCGCCCUCCGAGCACCGAGAGGGAAGCACUCUUGCAGUCGCUUUUGGUCAAGACACUGUCCCUCGACCUGGAAGAAGUCGGGAUGGACGAGUCAUUCCUCAGUUUGGGUGGUGACUCGCUAUCCGCGCGGCAGCUCGUAACCCUGGCGCGUGGCGAGGGACUCGGCCUCACGGUGAUCGACUGUCUCCAGCAGCCCAGUCUAAGCUCUCUCGCCGAAUGCGCGAAGACCAGUCACCCAGAGCCUGUUGACCAUACCCCAGCAACCGCGGAGGACGACCCCUUCAGCUCGCUGCGCCACGACUUCUUCAACAAUCUGCCCACCCACCUCACCGCCGACAUGAUCGAAGACAUUGCUCCGGUCCGCGAGACGCAGCUCUUUCUCGUGCAGUAUCAGAUCCUCGACUACCUCCAGAUCCGGAUGACUGGCCCGCUGGACCCCGUCCGACUGCGCCGGGCGUGCGAAGGGCUGGUGCAGAGCCACUCCAUCCUGCGCACGAUCUUCCUCCCCUUCCACACCGAGCACGUUCAGGUCAUCCUGCGAGCGGUCGAGGUUCCGUGGCGCGCCGUGAGCCCGCCCACCGCCGGCCACGACGCUGACCUCUGGGCGCACGCCGUCUGCGCCGAGGACCGCAGCACCCCGACGCCGCUCAGCGGGCCCUUCCUCAAGUUUAUUCUGUUGCUCGAUGGCCCCCGGCAGCAACACACCCUGAUCGUCCGCAUCAGCCACGCGCAAUUCGACGGCCUGUGCCUGGACACGCUCCUGGGCGACCUGGCCGAGCUCUACGGCGGGCAGAAAAGCAGCCCGCUAACCAUCCCAACCAGCUACGCCGACUUUGUGCGCAAAUGCGCCACGCUGCGCACGCCGCCCGGCCUGCAGUUCUGGCGGGCUCUCCUCGCCGAGUCGACCCCGACCGAACUCCCGCUCACCCCGUCCACCGAGCACCCGCACCAGCAGGAAACGUGCAUCGUGGCGACGCAGGACAUCCCCACGGCCCUGGCCCCGCCCGCCGGGACCACCUGGGCCACGGUCGUGAAAGCGGCGUGGUCGCAGGUCCUCCGCGAGCGCACGCGCCAGGCGGACGUCACCUUCUGCCAGAUGGUCAACUGCCGGUUCGUGGACGUGCCCAGCCCCGAGCGCAUCGUGGGGCCGUGCCUGAACCCGGUGCCCGUGCGCGUGCGCGCCGAGCCGGCCUGGACGGUGCGCGAGCUGCUGCAGGCCGUCCAGGACCAGCACGUCGCCUCGCUGGAGCACCAGACGCUCGAGUGGGGCGACCUCGUGGCCCACUGCACGGCGUGGCCGCGCGACACCGCGAUCGACUCGAUCGUGCUGCACGAGAAUAUCAACGCAAGCCCCGUGCGGACCGUAGACAAGGACGCCGUCUGGCGGUUGAAGGCCCACAGCGUGGACAAUCCACCCGAGCGCACGAUCUACCUCUACACGUAUCCGCAGCCGGAUUCGCUGUACGCGGUGCUGGUGCUGUCUAGUGCGGUGGGCAGUCAGGCCGAGGCGCAGCGCCUGGUGCAACGGUUCGGCGAGGUGGUAGGGUUGUUGGUACAUCGGCCGGGGGCGCUGCUCUCUGCGUUGUGA